AUGGCUACAGCCCAGUCAGCGAACACCCACUCGACGCAGUUACAAUCCCCGUUAUACCGCCUACCUCGAGAACUCCGCGACGAAAUCUACGAAUACUAUGCAGAUGGCAGGCGAUCGUACGAGUACAACAAGGACACGCAAAAGCUGCGCUACCGGGAUACAGCUGCGCGCGUAGAAAACCUUGGUUUGAUAGUGACUUGUAAGAUCGCGGCGGAAGAGAUGAAAAGGGUAGCCUUCCAGAAAGCGGAGUUUAGCACACGAUGCUCUGCGUACGACAUUUCAGAGUUCAUGGGCCUACGCUCAAGACGACAACGCAUGUUGGUCUGUGUGACCGAAUUGCUACAAGCUUCCGACUUCGUCGACAUCGAAGCGCGUUAUCCAAACAUGGGACUAUAUUUCGGUGACUUGCUACCGCAAGCCAUUGCUGAGCAACGCGAUAAGUUCGGAGUUUGGAUGGGGUCGAUACGCGUAAAUCACGUUGCCCAUCAAGCAUGUAUCGAUGCGCUACUGUUCGCCCUACAUCGUGCUCACUCUCGUAGCCCGGAAAGGUUCGCGCAGCUCACAGGUAGGGUCUUUGGCAAAGGCAAUUGUCCUGUGGGGCUCUGGAGGGAUCAGAACAAUAUUUUCAACCAAGGCUCGUUGAUCGAACUGCUCUUAUGGAGACCUGACCCAUGGUUACUACCCCAAGACGAAGAUCUAUCGCGUAUGGAAACUCUUCUCUGCAAGCAAAGCGACCCUAGACCACCUCGUGCGAUCGAUUUUGAGCUCUGUCACCGUUCCAUGGAAAACAUCAGGUGCUACUUCUCUGCUGCAGCUGUAGCGAUCCACUACUUACAUAGCCUACCACCAAAGCAAUGGCUCAACCUCCGGAAGAUCAUCCUGUACGAGGACCGCAAGUCUCUGCUUCGUCCCGCAUGUCAUGCACGUGGACUCAUUGGUUUCUGCAAGAGCAAUUCGUCUUUACGCGUGGAGCACAACAUCGGACUAUUGAGCAAUCUGCUCCCGGAGUCUACAGAUUUGGGAAUCGACGAUCGAUUCAUACUUGGAUCCACUUGCCUGGGAGUAACAGUCCCAUGGAUAGAGGAGGCUCUAUCUUUGGCUGCCAGUGGUAUAACUACCAAUGCCUACCGACUCAUCAUCGACGGCAGUACAACAAAGGCAGUGCAAACUUUCAGGCUCUUGAAGUAUGCCGCAGCAAUGCAAGAAGCCAUGCUCACCCAAGCAGAGCGUAACAAUUUGCAGCCUACACCAUGGGUCCGUUCGGGUUACGGCCAAGUCACCUCACUACCAUGGCACUUACCCGCAGGUUUUCCGAACGUAAUCCGCGCAAUCAUGAAUGGCACGUCGAACAUCCAGUUUACAGGCCCCGUAGGCGACCUGUGGGACUCAGAUCUCAUGUUCUUUGAGAGUCAAGACUGGACCAUCGCAGAUUGGCGGAACGAAUGGAAGGAGAAGAUUGUACUGUGCGGACCAGAAACCACCUUCUAUGAGGACACACAAAAGUGGUACGAGCUCUAG